GUUGGUGUCCCCUCGCUUAAACCCCUCCGAAAUUUAUUUACUCAUCAAAAAUUUAAUAACCGAAUCCGAUUGAUCUUCCCCUCUCUCUCUCUCUCUCACUCCUCCCAGCUCCCACCCAACCACCCAAGCCAUGCGAUCGCCGCGCGGCGGGGCGGCCGCGCAGCCGUCGGGGCGGCGCGGCGACACGACGGCGGCGGCGGCGGGCGAUCUGGUGACGACGCAGGUCAGCCUUGGCGGCUUCGACGCCGGCGUCGCCGCGGGGGACCUCGCCGACUUCCUGGAGCACGAGGUCGGCCUGGUCUGGCGCUGCCGCGUCAAGACCUCCUGGACGCCGCCGGACUCCUACCCGGACUUCGCCCUCCCCACCGCCCCCGCCUCCGCCUCGGCCGCGGCCGCGCCGCCGCGGUACGACCGGGUGCCCCCGCACGCGUUUGUCCACUUCGCGCGCCCGGAGGGGGCGCGCCGCGCCGCGGACCUCGCGGGGGAGACCAGGCUCAUCCUGAGGGGGAAGCCCCUGCGCGUCGCGUCCGCGCCGGACAGCUCGCUCCGCGUGUCCCGCCGCAGCAGCAUCGCGCCGUUCCGGUUCCCCGACGUGCGCCUCGAGGUCGGGGCGCUCCCGUCGCCCGGCGCGUUCCUCGCCGCCUGGCGCGGGCCGGACGCCGGGCUCGACCUCUCCGUCGACCCCUUCGACGGGUGCUGCCGCCUCGUGUUCACCCGCGACACCGCCUUCACGUUCCCGGGCUUCCGCGAGGUCGCCGCCAUACGCUGCGACGUCAAGCUGGAGUUCCCCGUGCGCGACGUCCUGGAGGUCCGCCUGUACCGCCUCGACUGCUCGCUGCUCCUCCGCCUCGCCGCCGCGCCGCUGGUGCACUACCGCACCGCCGACGACGACUUCCACGAGCCGGUCCCCUUCGACCUGCUCGACGACGACGACCCGUGGAUACGGACCACGGACAUCACCCCGAGCGGCGCCAUCGGGCGGUGCGGGGUGUACAGGAUCUCCUUCUCGGCGCGAUUCUGGCCCAAGAUGGACCGCGCGCUGGACUACAUGAGGGAGAGGAGGGUGGCGAUCGUCGAUUGCGGCGGCGGAUGGGGGCCGCGGCGGGGGCUCACAGUGCGCGACGAGCUGGAGUUCGGGGAGCCAAUGCAGGACGUCUUCUUCUGCCUGCAGCACGCCGAGGGGCUCAAGUUCCCGCUCCUCUUCAUGGUGAACGCGUUGGUGCACAAGGGAAUCAUCAACCAGCACCAGCUCACGCCUGAAUUCUUCAGCCUGCUGGGGAGAAGCGAGGAGAACGUCAAUGUGGCUGCAUUGAGGGAUUUCUGGGGGGACAAGUUCCCAGUGUUUGAUGCGUGCGGGAGGCUGAAGAAGGCACUGAAUCGGGUGGCCAGGAACCCCAAACUUCUCUGCAGCAAGGUCGGGGAUGACCACGCGGAGGUGCGGAGGCUGGUGAUCACGCCCACCAGGGCUUAUUGUCUGCCUCCAGAAGUGGAGCGCUCAAACCGUGUUCUUCGGCAUUACCAUGAGGUGGCUGACAGGUUUUUGAGGGUCACUUUUAUGGACGAGGGUAUGCAGGUGCUGAACAACAAUGUGCUCAACUCCUUCACUGCACCAAUUGUCAAAGACUUGAUGUCGAAUUUUUUCCAGCAGAAGACAACGGUGUACAAGCGUGUCAGGAUGUUGUUGACGGAGGGUUUCCACAUGUGUGGAAGGAAGUACUCAUUUCUCGCAUUCUCAUCGAACCAGUUAAGGGACAAGUCAGCUUGGUUCUUUGCCGAGGACAGAAAGACAACGGUGGAAGCAAUUAGGAAGUGGAUGGGACGGUUCACAAGUAAGAAUGUUGCGAAGCAUGCUGCUCGAAUGGGGCAGUGCUUCUCAUCCACAUAUGCAACUGUGACAAUGCGGCCGGAUGAGGUUGAUGAGAGUUUUGAUGAUGUUGUGCAUAAUGAGUACAUUUUCUCCGAUGGAAUUGGCAAAAUUACCCCAGAUCUUGCAUUGGAAGUUGCCGAGAGGCUGCAGCUGACAGAUAACCCGCCAUCUGCUUAUCAGAUCAGGUUUGCUGGCUUCAAGGGUGUCAUAGCUGUCUGGCAAGGACAUGGUGAUGGGACACGGCUUUUCCUGAGGCCAAGCAUGAGGAAGUUUGAGUCUAACCAUUUGGUGUUAGAGGUGGUCUCCUGGACAAAGUUCCAGCCAGGAUUCUUAAAUCGACAGAUUAUAAUAUUGCUAUCCUCACUGAAUGUCCCAGAUUCUAUCUUUUGGCAAAUGCAAGAGACCAUGCUUUCUAACCUCAACAAUAUUCUAUCAGACAGAGAUGUUGCUUUUGAGGUUUUAACAACUUCAUGUGCUGAUGAUGGAAACACUGCAGCAUUGAUGCUCAGUGCUGGCUUUGAACCUAGAACUGAACCACACUUGAAAGCAAUGCUCUUGGCUAUAAGGUCUGCACAAUUGCAGGAUCUUUUGGAAAAAGCAAGGAUAUUUGUGCCAAAGGGAAGGUGGUUGAUGGGCUGUCUUGAUGAGCUUGGGGUUCUUGAGCAAGGGCAGUGCUUUAUUCGGGCAACAGUUCCAUCAUUGAAUAGUUAUUUUGUUAAGCAUGGGUCAAGAUUUUCAUCAACAGAUAAAAACACAGAGGUCAUUUUGGGUACUGUGGUAAUAGCAAAGAAUCCCUGUCUUCAUCCAGGGGAUGUCCGCAUCCUUGAAGCAGUUGAUGUGCCCGAACUGCAUCAUCUGGUUGAUUGUUUGGUGUUCCCCCAGAAAGGUGAGAGGCCACAUGCUAACGAGGCAUCUGGGAGCGAUCUUGAUGGGGAUCUCUACUUUGUGACAUGGGAUGAGAAACUUAUACCUCCAGGCAAGAAGAGCUGGAACCCUAUGGACUACUCCCCACCUGAAGCAAAACAACUUCCGCGCCAAGUAUCUCAACAUGAUAUCAUUGAUUUCUUCUUAAAGAACAUGAUAAGUGAGAAUCUUGGUAGGAUCUGUAAUGCUCAUGUUGUUCAUGCUGAUCUUAGCGAGUAUGGUGCAAUGGAUGAGAAGUGUAUUCACUUAGCUGAGCUAGCAGCAACUGCCGUGGACUUCCCCAAGACUGGCAAACUUGCGAUAAUGCCACCACACCUUAAACCAAAAGUCUACCCUGACUUCAUGGGAAAGGAAGAUGGACAAUCUUAUAAAUCAGAAAAGAUUCUUGGAAGGCUUUAUCGUUCAAUCCAAGAGGCCUCCAAUGGUGAUGUGGUGUCACAAGAGGUUUGCACUCCAAAUGAUCUGCCUUAUGACAUAGAUCUGGAAGUUCCUGGUGCAUCAGAUUUCCUCGCGAGUGCUUGGCAAUGCAAGUGUUCAUACGACGCGCAGCUGAGUGCGCUGCUCAGUCAGUACAGGGUCCGCACUGAAGCUGAACUUGUGACAGGGCACAUAACGUUCCUUGUUAAGAACAGCAGCAAGAAGCAAGGCGACAUAAAGGACAGGCUGAAGACUGCUUACUCUGCACUACGCAAGGAGUUCAAAAGUACCUUUGAGAGCAUAGCAUCGGAUCAAUGCGAGAUUGGUGAUGACGAGAAGAAUCUGCUGUACGAGAUGAAGGCCUCUGCCUGGUACCAGGUGACCUAUCACCCCAAAUGGGUGGAGAAGUCGAGGGGCAUUCUGGGCCCAGAUGGUGAGGAAAUACCGGCAAGCCUUAGCUUUGCAUGGAUCCCGGUGGAUUACUUGGCGCGGAUAAAGCUAAGGUGCCAUGGUAAAGUGAGAGUUGAAGGCCAAAAGCCUGUUGAAAGGCUUGCAGCAUACAUCUCCGAGAGGAUAUGAUGAAACAAUGCAAAGGUCGCAGUAAGACCACUCUGCCAUUCGUAAUGCCGGUUCAAAGGGCAUGCGUACAAAAUAUCUGAGUUUUUUUUUCUUUUCAUUUUUGUUCACUUCACUGAACUUGAUCUCCCGAAUGUUUCAGUGUGCUUUUGUUCCUUCUUACAUGCCCCUCAAGCCUGAAAAACUGUACGUUUCAGUUGAGGGCUGUCUAUAUUAUGAAAUGCACAAAUAUACGCUGCCUGCAGCUUUUGGCAAUAUUUCAAGUUCAGGUUGUGCGUC